AUGAGUGCUCUUCUUGUGGGGAGAUCUAGUGCCACUGCUCAGGGCAUUGUUGUGCACCUGGGAGUCAUUGAUUUGGAUUUCACGGGGUGGAUUUUAACCAUGGUUUCCACACUCACCUCCCCCGUCACUAUCCCUGCGGGAACCAGGCUUGCUGAACUUGUGCCUUUUAAGUCUUGUGUUCACAAAGCUGAGAACUGGCUGCAGAGAGAUGGUGGCUUCAGGUCCACUGGGCCACCUCAGGUUCACUGGACUGCUGUCCUGAUGACCAAGGAUCAUCCUGAACGGGUCUGCACCCUGUCCAUCCAUGUCACCCACCAUGAUUUGGUGCAAGAAAAGUUGGACCAGGGUCAUCUGGAGCCUUCUACCAGUCCCUGGAACACUCCUGUUUUCUGCAUCAAGAAGAAGUCUGGGAAGUGGAGGUUGCUGCAAGACCUCUGGAAAGUUAAUGCUAUGAUGGAAAGCAUGAGGACAUUGCAGGUUGGCAUGCCAUCCCCUGCCAUGCUUCCUGAUGGCUGGCCAAUCCUCAUCGUCAAUCUGAAGGAUUUUUUUACAAUUCCUUUGCAUCCCGAUGACAGAGCAAAAUUUGCCUUCUCAGUGCUGGCUGUCAACAAUGCUGAGCCUGCACAAAGAUAUCAAUGGAGGGUUUUGCCACAAGGCAUGCGGAAUUCGUCUGCCAUUUGUCAAUGGUAUGUGGCUCAAGCCCUGUCUGGAGUUGGCUGGCAGUUUCCAGAUGCUCAUCUCUAUCAUUAUAUGGAUGACAUCUUGGUGGCUGCGCCCACCCAGGAUGAGCUGCUGACCAUACAGCCUCGGCUGAUCAGUGCCCUGCAUUGUCCUGGGCUGCAAGUGGCUCCAGAGAAGGUUCAGCGCCUACCUCCUUGGAAGUAUUUGGGGGUCAAAAUUUUGGAACGAACAGUCCAACAUCAAGAGGUGCAAUUGUGCAUUCGGUGA